UCAUGAGGAAUUUGAGGUGUGAAUUGGUCAUUAACAUAUCUUUUGUUUCCAAGGGUGGGGGAGGUCUGAGGUGUGAAUUGGUCAUUACAAUGUGUGACCAGCUUGGUAGGAACAUCCUGUGUUCAGUGUUUUGUCCAUUUGAGGUACCUUGAAAAUGAUUUGCAUGCAUUUUUCAUGAUGAAAAAAGGCUCUGGACAGCAUUGGGAACUGGAAGAAUUGUAAAAAAAUUUCAAAUGCAAAAGCUUAUAAAUGCGAUUUUCCACGUUUUUCAAGCUUUUUGCGUUUGAAACGCUGCUAAAAAUCGACUGCUGAACGCAAGUUUUCCGCGU